UGACAGUCUAGUUUUUGGACUACAACUUUUUUUGAACUACAAAAUGUGACGUCAUCUUCCGCUGCCGUUCAAGCGUUUCAAAGCUGUUGGCGGUGAAAGUUGCUGAAAUGACUCCAAUUAAAUUUGUCAUUAAGUGUGGGAACUUUGCURUGCUGGUGGACCUUCAUGUUUUGCCCCAAGGCCCUAAAGCGUCCACCGAUUGGUUCACUGCUAACCAAACCAAGGAAGUUACAGCUUUGGUUCGAGAYGCAGUGGACCAGAGGGUGAAGCAGUACGCCGAGCUCCUCCACAACAGAAGACAACCCAAACACAGGAAGGAGCUGCCACCUGCUUCGGCCUUUUCUGCUAAAGGGGAAAACUUCAACCUUGUGGCCAACUUUCUGAAGCGGCACUCGAGUCUCAGAUGUGUUGUCAAGUGGGAUUUGCGUUUGUUUCCCGAACGAUACGUCGUGUGUGUGAGCUGUCCAGAAGAUGCCUUAGCAAAUCACAGAAACCCAAGCCUGGCUGCGUUGGAACAAACCCGAUCUGAGUAUUUUUCCAGUGUGGGAGGAUCCCAAGAGUUUUUACAGGACGCCACAAAAACAAAGAAGUCUGCGCUUCAAAAGAUAGCCAAACAAGCCAACGUCCAGCAAACGAGCUCUGAGGAGAAGAAGCGCUCGGACCAGGAGGCUCAUCUUGAAACCCGAACACAGGAACGUAAAGCUGGGGAGAGGAAACCGAGCUGGAAGGCCAUCCCCACGGCUGAGCAGGAGGCUGAGGUCCAAACGCUGAAACCAGAGCCUGAAAUCCUUUCUAAGAGCAGCAAGAGGCACGAGCCCGGCGACGACGGCGAGGAUCCUCACCUACAGCCGGCCAAGAGACCGUGCCUUGGAGGACCUCCAGGCACAACACGAGCCGACUCCGCCGAGUCCUCCUCGCAGACAUCCAUCCACGACCUGCCACUUCCUCAAGUCCAAGUAAAGACAGAGCCCAAGGCUUCCCUUGUCUCAGAGCGCCAGGAAACCACACUGGAAGUAGAGCUGCUUACUCCAGGGAAACAAGCCCGGAGGCUCCCCCUCACGAGCAAUAACACACCACCAACAAUCCAAAACAGGCCCGCCGCAAGUCUGAGGGGCCUAUCUGUCAAGCCCGAAUCCUCGGGCUCUUCUAUUGGUUCCAGAUCCGCUCUCAGAGAGGAGGGGAGCGAGAACGUGCCCAGAACCUCCAGAUUACGGCGAACGAAGAGGUCCUGAAGGGGAGAGGAAACGCUUUCGGCAAAGAAUCCUGACGCCACAGAGAUGGAGAUUAUAUUCUGACAGGCUUCAUGUUUUGUAGUCCGUGUGUCACUUCUAACUGCAGAACUUCACAUGUGCUUUUUAUAUCAAACCACUUUGUCAAUUGAUACAUUCGAGUUUUCCUUUGUCAAAUAUGUGAACGGGCCCUCCACCCUUCAGCAGCAGCGGGCCAAGAGAGGCUCGCAAAUAAGUGAAAAACCUUUUUAAUUGGAGUUUUGAUUUGGCUUUGUGUUAAAGAUUAGGCAUUUGAGACAGGCAGGAGCCACACAGUACGUCAUGGCCUCCAGUCUGAAACACUGGCUCCUACGCGUCUGAACAGCGUCCAGUAUCCCUGCUCCAGCUCCCAUGUGAUUGAUGGGGGUUUCCAGAUUUGUUUCAUCACCCCAUUCUCAAAAAUGCCCCCUUUUUUUUCAGGUUUUUAUUCUCAUACGGUUUACUUCAUACUUGGUUCCUAAACGCUUGGAUUGUUGAGCAUUUAUUCAGACUUUAAAUAAAACUUGAGAAACUGA